AUGUCCAUCAAUUGGGUUAUGCUAGAUGGCAGAGGGAGCUUUGUCCCGUUGCCAUCAGAACGGAUUAUCCACAAGUCAUCACCAAGAAUCAGUCUCGCCAUCACCACACCGUCGACAUAUCCGGGGAACAAUCCGCUGGCGAUCCACUGCAGCUCUGGCAUCGUUUAUCUGACCAAUCAAAGGAUAGUGUACCUACCAGAGAAAGCCACCCCAGAGUUCAAGUCCUUUUCUGCACCACUUCUCAAUUUGCACGACACGCAUCUCACCGUCCCCUGGUUUGGUCCGAAUGCAUGGCAGGCGGUCUUACAGGCGGUCCCCGGCGGCAAUAUCCCGGCAACGCAAGCAGCUGUCGAACUUAAAUUGACGUUCAAAGAGGGCGGGGCUCCUGAUUUUCAUUCGACGUUCGAGCAGAUCAAAGAAAGGCUCCAGCAAGUCGUGUCCGCAGCGAGGGAGAACAACUUGACCGGCUCGCGGCCAGAUGCCUUUUUGGGUAAUGUGAACCUGGAUAACGUCCACCUUGACCAGUUGCCUUCAUACAACGAAUCUGGGCACGACCCCAUAGCUCCCAACCACCCCAGCGCCCCCGGCGAAGUUGUGACUUCCCCAAUGCCGAUGAGCACUCGCGCGGCUCCCGAGUUGAGGCGAGCUGAAACACCCCAAGAGGAAGCCGAGGCACCAAGCGACGCGCCUCCGGGGUACGAAGAGACACAGCAGCAGAGUAUCCAGGCUGAGCUGGAUCGGAGAUUGUCAGAGACUCGCGGUUGA